UACGAGCCUAGCGAAGUUUCGGGCCUCCUAAAUGUAAUGGUGGCACACUCAAGAUGGCACAUUACCACGGCGAUAUCAGCCUGGAUCUAAUACUAAACGAAAGUAUAGACCUUUCAAAAUUACCAGAUGAAGACAGACACAGGAUUGAACAUGCCCGGAUGCACGAGAAGCACAGAGGUCACGAAAAGAUGCAUAGCUACAUGAUACUUAUUCUCCUAGCAUCUGUUGUCAUAGCCCAAAUAAUCCUAGUAAACUGGAAAAAAUUGCAUUUCAAAUCGUAUCAGAGAGUGACCAUGGUGGGGAUGUGGCUGAUACCACUGUGCAUCUCUGUGCACUCUUACUGGUGGCGCUUUGUGUUUAUUUGGACUAUUUUUACUGUAGGCACAUUUAUAGUUAUGAGCUGGGCUCUGCAGAAACCUAUAGCUGGGACCACGCCCCGUUGGGUCUACAAAUGGUUCUAUGUGAUAUACCUGCAGAGUUGCGCAGUCUGCGUGUUUGGCUACGUGGUGGUCAUGCUGACUCUGCUUGGAGUGAAUGUGGUGUUUCGGGCCAAGCCACAGAGUUGGAUGGAUGUGGGCCUGCUGUUUCUUUUUUAUGGCAUGUACUAUGGUGUGUUAGGUCGUGACGUCUCCGAGGCUGUCACAGACCGAAUGGCAUGCACCAUUGGGUACUACACAACCACAGGAGUUCCCGUGAGGCAACUAGAGUCCAAUGUUUGUGCCGUGUGUGGCAACAAAAUACACGUCCUUGACAAUGCAGAUGCAAUUGUCGAGGAAUCAUAUAAGCUGCCAUGUGGUCACAUAUUUCAUGAAUUCUGCAUCAGAGGUUGGUGCAUUGUUGGAAAGAAGCAGACCUGCCCCUACUGCAAGGAGAAAGUGGACCUCAAGCGCAUGUUCUGCAGCCCCUGGGAAAAGCCACACAUUCUGUACGGAAACUUCUUGGACUUCAUUCGCUACCUUCUGGUGUGGCAGCCAGUGAUCAUCAUGGCAGUGCAAUUUCUGAAUUCGAAACUGGGACUAGAGUGAUUAUGCAUUCACAUCCCUAAAAUGCACAUAGAAUGCUCAUCUCACAUUGCAUUUGUCUCAUUCUCUCUCUGCUCUUUUGUAUAGAACACAGCUGUAUAUUUGUUGAACUGACCAAAUGGCAUAUUAAACUAUAAUUUUUUGUUUAUGCUGA